AAACUGUUAGAUUGGAUUCUUCUCUUUUCCCGCGUUUCCUUGUCGGAUGAGCACAGAGAAACUGAGAAAACGAUGGCACAUCUAUACUCAAGCGUCUGUUUCCCGCUCCCUCACCAUGCCAUAUCUUACAGGCACAGGGAUAGCCAUAGCGUUGCCAGAGCUCAAAAGGGCUCAAUUUCUCUUAAACCCUCCUCAAGAGCAGUAUCUCUCGAUGGCAGAGAUUCUUCAGAUUCAGUUUCAACCGUUGUUCGCAGCUUCUCCAAUUCAAACACCCAAAUUCGGAGGUUCUGCGAAGCGGGUAAUCUUGAGAGUGCCACGGAACUGCUUCGCACUUCUUCAAAACCGGAGAUCGACCCGAGAACAUUAUGCUCAAUGCUGCAGCUUUGUGCCGAUUCGAAGUCUCUGAAUCAUGGUCGAGAAGUUGAUUCCUUCAUCCGUGCUAAUGGGUUCGCGAUAGAUGCGAACUUGGGAUCGAAACUCGUUCUUAUGUACGUAAAUUGUGGGAAUUUGCGGGAAGCGAGACGGGUUUUUGAUCUAACCAGGAUAGAGAAGACAUUAUUCUGGAAUCUCUUGAUAAAUGAGUACGUAAAAACUGGAGAUUUCCGCGAGAGCAUUGGAUUAUUCAAGAAAAUGCUGAAUUCCGGAAUCGAAACGGACCAUUAUACAUUUUCCUCUAUAUCUAAGAGCUUAUCGGUUCUGGGAAGUGUUAAUGGAGGAGAGCAGCUUCAUGGUUAUGUUCUGAAAACUGGGUUUGGAAACUACAAUUCCGUGGUGAAUUCUCUGAUGGCAUCUUAUUUAAAGAACGGGAGAGUUGAAAGCGCGCGUAGGCUGUUCGACGAAAUGACUGAACGAGAUGUUAUAUCAUGGAAUUCCAUGAUAAAUGGGUAUAUAUCAAACGGGUCGGCUGAACAAGGGCUUACUAUUUUUGUGCAGAUGCUACUAUCAGGCUUAAAUGUUGAUUUGGCUACUAUGGUUAGCGUUUUCUCGGGUUGUGCUGAUUGCCGUUUUAUAUCCUUAGGUAGAGCAGUGCAUUGUUUCGGGUUGAAAACUCGUUUUGCUUGUAAAGAUCGGUUCUGUAAUACUUUGCUCGAUAUGUAUUCGAAAUGUGGUGAUCUGGGUUCAGCCAAGGCUGUCUUCGAGCAGAUGAGUGAUAGGAGUGCUGUUUCAUACACAUCGAUGAUUGCUGGUUAUGCCAGAGAAGGUCUGGCUGGUGAGGCUGUGAAGUUAUUCUCGGAAAUGGAGAAGGAAGGUAUCAGCCCAGAUGUUUACACUGUCACUGCGGUCCUCAACUGUUGUGCUCGUAAUGGUCUAUUAGAAGAAGGUGGGCAAGUCCAUGAUUGGAUAAGGGAAAACGACAUGGAUUUUGAUCUGUUUGUGUCCAAUGCCCUCAUGGAUAUGUAUGCAAAAUGCGGAAGCAUGGAAGAGGCUCGUUUAGUGUUCUCUGAGAUGCCCGUGAAAGAUAUCGUCUCAUGGAAUACCGUCAUUGGCGGUUACUCGAAGAACUGUUUUGCUAAUGAAGCUCUCAGCCUGUUCUCUGCGAUGUUGGAAGAAUGCCAGUCGAGACCCGAUGAGAGGACGAUGGUUUGUGUUCUUCCGGCUUGUGCAAGUGUUGCUGCUUUUGAUAAAGGUCGAGAGAUACACAGUUACAUAAUGAGAAACAGGUAUUUCUCUGAUCGGCAUGUUGCUAAUUCACUCGUAGACAUGUAUGCCAAGUGUGGAGCACUUAAAUUCGCCCGCUUGCUCUUCGAUGAUAUUGUUUCCAAGGAUCUGGUCUCUUGGACUGUGAUGAUAGCUGGAUAUGGCAUGCACGGGUUUGGAAAUGAAGCCAUUGAUAUGUUCAAUGAAAUGAGAAAAGCGGGUAUUGAGCCCGAUGAAAUUUCCUUCGUCUCUGUACUGUAUGCUUGUAGUCAUUCUGGGUUGCUCGAUGAAGGGUGGAGGUUUUUUAACAUCAUGAGACACGAAUGCAAGAUCGAGCCUACACUGGAACACUAUGCUUGUAUGGUUGACCUGCUCGCAAGAACUGGAAAUUUGUCAAAAGCUUAUCGAUUCAUCGAGAAAAUGCCAAUUCCACCGGAUUCUACAAUCUGGGGAGCUCUGCUCUGUGGUUGCAGGAUACAUCAUGAUGUCAAGCUAGCCGAGAAAGUAGCGGAAAAGGUCUUUGAGCUUGAACCGGAGAACACAGGAUACUAUGUACUUAUGGCGAAUAUCUAUGCAGAAGCAGAGAAAUGGGAAGAAGUGAAAAGGCUAAGACAGAGGAUCGGGCAGAGAGGGCUGAGAAAAAACCCGGGAUGUAGCUGGAUAGAGAUCAAGGGCAAAGUUAAUAUCUUUGUAUCUGGGGAUAGUUCACAUCCACAGACCGAGAAGAUAGAAGCUCUGCUGAGGAGGUUAAGAGCUCGAAUGAUGGAAGAAGGGUAUUCGCCUCUAACGAAAUACGCACUGAUAGAUGCGGAAGAGAUGGAAAAGGAAGCUGCUCUAUGUGGCCACAGUGAGAAAUUAGCCAUGGCCUUAGGGAUUCUGAGCUCUGGACAUGGAAAAAUCAUCAGGGUCACGAAGAAUCUUAGAGUUUGUGGAGAUUGCCAUGAAAUGGCCAAGUUCAUGUCUAAGAUCACCAGACGGGAGAUCGUGCUAAGGGAUCUGAACCGGUUUCACCAUUUUACGGAUGGCCAUUGUUCUUGCAGAGGUUUCUGGUGAAUUUGCUGCUAUCCAAGAUGUAAACUCUGUGUAUAGAUUUUCCCCGUUCUAUGCAAAAGGAUUCGAAGCAUACUUCUGCGGAGAGGUUUGAAUUGGGUUUCCCUUGUGUGUUAAAAGAAUUGAUCUCUCUUUACACAAUUGGGUUGAUUUGGGGAUCAAUGCAUGUUGGAGAUUUC